AUCUUCACAAACUCAAAACCCCUUUCACCUUUGGUUUCCCGUACACCUUCUUCCUUCUCAAGCUCUCUCUCACUUCUCUUGUCUCCCUUCUGCAAAUCCCUUUCAGAACCUGUCUUCUUCUCGCGUGGAGCUCCCUUCAGUCUAAUAUAUGUGUUGUUAUGUAUAUAUAUAUAUAUAUAUAUAUGAUAUGAUAUAAUUGAGUUGUAUAUUUCUUCUGUCUAUUCAAAUUCUGCUUCUGUCUGUAAUUCCUCGCAAGCUUCAACCAGCUUCUUCCAUUUUUAGUGGCGGGAACCCUGAAUUGGCGGGAACGAACGGUUAAUUCUGAGGAAUUUGAGAUUUUGCAUGUAGAUAUAUGGUUUUGAGUUUCAAAAUAUUUUUCUUCCUUUUUCUGAUUUUCUUUCUGGAUUUCAAAUUUUUGAAUUCAUGGCGAACCCGUCCGAGAUGCAUCAAGAAAGGAAUCAUAAUACUUCGUCGUCCUUCAAUGGAACAAGCUCCACCGUCGUCAAUCCGGUUGUUGAUAGUACUGGACCUACAGCUGCGGCCAUGAAGCAUAAUCCUGGUAUCUCCAUGGACUGGACUUUUGAGGAGCAGGCGAUCCUCGAGGAAGGUUUGACAAAAUAUUCAUCCGAACCGAGUGUAAUUCGUUAUGCAAAGAUAGCAUUGCAACUACAAAAUAAAACAGUUCGAGAUGUUGCGUUGCGCAGCAGAUGGAUGACUGUGAGUUCUUUUCAGGGUUUUCUCCUGUCUUUUUUUAAAAUUUAAUCAAUCAACAAAGCGUUCUGGUUUAGAUGUGGUUGCACGAAAAAAGGUUAAGUAGUAGAAUAACCAGUUAACUAUUUGAAAUAUUUAUUUUUAAGCGGUGGUGAUCUCAUGCAGCGUAUAAAUGGGAUCCAUCUGUCUCACUUAGUUGGGCUUCGUUGCUUUGUCGUUUCUUCUUGUAAGGCGUUAAGCACGAAGAUCUAUCACCUAACAAGAUUUUG